GAGGGAAAGGCGAACAAUGGCAAAGCUGAUAAGCCAAAAACUGCCCCAGCCAAAGCUGCUCCAGCUAAAACCAAGCCAACUACAAAGCCGAAGGCCAAACCUAUCUCAAAGACAAAACCUACUUUAGCUUCUAAACUAGCAUCCAAACCAAAAGUAACACCGGCCCCAAAGAUUGAAAACAAAAAGAAGGCAAACGACAAUGGAAAAAAUAACGGUCAAGCUAAAGUAAAUGGUAAUGGCAAUGGCAAUGGCAAAAGCAAUGGGAAUGGGAAAGAUGCUAAUGGUAAGGCUAAGGCUGGCAGCAAUGGCAAAGCCAAUAACAAUGGCAAUGGGAAGGCAGCUGUGGAGAAAAAAGCAAAAGGGGAAGCUAAAGCUAAUGGCAAUGGUGCGAAAACAGUGAAGACUGAAAAGGCAGCAGUGACCAAAGAAACAGUAGCAAAGAAGUCAGAGACAACUGCGAAGAAAGCAGAGACCAGACCACAACCAGCCAAAGACAAAACAAAAGCCAAUGCAGUACCUAAAGCAAAGCCUAAAGCGACCAAACCUGUGGUAGAAAAGUUUCCGACCAAAGUCGCUAAAACUCCAAAACCUGUUGCUUUUAAACCCACCCCUGCGCCUUUGCCUCUCCCUCCAAAGCCUAAGGUCUUGGAUGUCAAUAACUUCAAAUCAAUGUCCAAAACUUUCCCACCCUUCGACAAGGCUGCUGUGAGUGGCACAACCAUGUCUUCUCCAGAAAUACCCAAGAAGAAACCCACCAAUGGUUAUCAACAGGUACAAAAUCAAGAGCCCGCGUUGGCUUUCCAGAGCUGUAUUUCCAACCUCGCCAUCCUGGUAGUCCAGGACCGCGUUCAUAAAGUUGACGAGACUGUUGGCGCUGAGGAAGUAGAUGCGACCAAGACAGGUGGUGAAGGGGUGUCUCAAACGCCAGACGAGCCCUUCAUUGAGGAGUACAUUACAAGCGACUUUGGAACAAAGGAGUAUGACUAUUCCUACAGGGACUACAAUGAGCCCAUCAUCGAAAGCAAGACGGAAGACACCUUUGGCCCUGCCCUGUCCGCUGUGACAGAUGAGGGAGGUGGCAUGUUGAUUGAAGGACCACCUGGACCAGAAGGACCAGCAGGUCUCCCUGGCUCCGCUGGCCCCCAGGGACCCCCUGGUUCUGUUGGUGAUCCUGGUGAGAGGGGCCCCAGAGGUCCUCAUGGAUUGUCUGGUCCUCCUGGUAAAUCUGGUCGGAGGGGUCGGGCUGGUGCUGAUGGAGCCAGAGGGAUGCCAGGAGAGUCUGGAAUUAAGGUCGGACAUCUUAACCCUUUUUGCGUCUGUGGAGAGAAAGGGCCCACAGGAAAGCCUGGUUUACCAGGAAUGCCCGGAGGUGACGGUCCUCCAGGUCAUCCCGGAAAGGAAGGCCCCACUGGAACCAAAGGAAAUCAGGGUCCUAAUGGUCCUCAGGGGUCUAUUGGCUAUCCUGGCCCUCGGGGAAUUAAGGGAACUCAAGGUAUCCGUGGACUGAAGGGCCAUAAGGGAGAGAAGGGAGAGGAUGGAUUCCCUGGAAUCAAAGGAGACUUUGGUGUGAAGGGAGAGAGGGGAGAGGUGGGAGUGCCUGGCCCAAGAGGAGAGGACGGUCCUGAGGGUCCGAAGGGUCGUGUCGGUCCCCUUGGUGAAAUCGGUCCUAUUGGCCUGGUGGGAGAGAAGGGUAAACUUGGUGUGCCUGGACUUCCUGGAUAUCCCGGAAGGCAAGGAAUUAAGGGCUCCCUGGGUUUCCCAGGAUUCCCUGGUGCAAAUGGCGAGAAAGGCGCGAGGGGUUUGAUUGGAAAAACUGGACCAAGAGGACAGAGAGGGCCGACAGGUCCCAGAGGGCAGAGAGGACCCCGUGGGGCAACUGGAAAAUCAGGCGCUAAGGGCGGAUCUGGCAGUGACGGGCCUUCUGGACCACCUGGGGAGAGAGGACUAACUGGACUUCAAGGUCCAAAUGGAUUCCCUGGGCCGAAGGGACCUCCUGGACCUCCAGGGAAAGAUGGACUGCCUGGACACCCUGGACAGAGAGGCGAAGUUGGUUUCCAAGGCAAAACUGGACCACCUGGGCCACCGGGAGUUGUUGGACCACAGGGUCCCUCUGGUGAGACUGGACCGAUGGGUGAGCGUGGUCAUUCAGGACCCCCAGGACCACCCGGUGAGCAAGGUCUUUCUGGGCCUUCUGGUAAAGAGGGAACCAAAGGAGAUCCCGGUCCCUCCGGCGGCCCCGGUAAAGACGGACCCCCUGGACUGAGAGGAUUCCCAGGAGAGAGAGGACUGCCAGGAACUUCAGGCACUGGAGGACUGAAAGGAAAUGAAGGCCCUGCUGGACCACCCGGGUCUGCUGGAUCACCUGGGGAGAGAGGAGCAGCUGGCACCGCAGGUACUGUUGGCCCACCUGGACGACCUGGACCUCAGGGGCCCCCUGGAGCUGCGGGAGAGAAGGGAGUGCCAGGAGAGAAAGGUCCAAUUGGUCCAGCUGGUCGCGACGGCAUCCAAGGUCCAGUUGGUCUCCCAGGCCCUGCUGGACCUCCAGGUACUGCUGGAGAGGAUGGAGACAAGGGUGAGGUUGGAGAGCCAGGACAAAAGGGAGCUAAAGGAUCCAAGGGAGAACAUGGUCCUCCUGGUCCACUUGGGCCAAUGGGUCCUGUUGGACAGCCUGGUGCAGCUGGUGCUGAUGGUGAGACAGGUGCGAGGGGUCAACAGGGACCAUUUGGCGCUAAGGGAGAUGAUGGGACAAGAGGGUUCCCAGGUCCUCCAGGCCCCAUCGGACUGCAGGGUUUGCCGGGCCCAGCUGGAGAAAAAGGAGAGACGGGAGAUGUUGGUCCAAUGAGCAUGCGCUUCCCGCUGGGAACACAGGAAAGCCCGGCCCGCACCUGCCAGGACCUCCACCUCAGCCAACCAGAUCUGAAAGACGGUGAGUACUGGAUUGAUCCAAAUCAAGGCUGCGCUCGGGACUCGUUCAAGGUUUACUGUAACUUCACUGCCGGAGGAGAGACGUGCUUGUAUCCCAGCAAAGCUGUGGAAAAUGUGAAGAUGAACACUUGGCCAAAGGAGAAGCCUGGGUCCUGGUUUAGUCAGUUUGCAAAGGGCAGCAAGUUUUCAUAUGUUGACUGGAGUGGAGAGCCCGUGGGUGUUGUCCAGCUGGGAUUCCUGCGGUUGCUCAGCGUUCAGGCCCGUCAAAACCUGACCUACCACUGCCAGCGAUCAGUGGCCUGGGCGGACCUCACUGCCGACAGCGGCUACCAGAGGGCGCUACACUUCCAGGGUGCCAAUGAUGAAGAGCUCAGCUACGAGACCAGCCCCUACAUCAAAGCCCUCGUCGACGGCUGCUCUUAUCGUAAAGGCUUGGACAGGACAGUGCUGGAGGUGAACACACCUCAGGUGGAGCAGCUCCCUCUGCUGGACAUCAGGAUCUCAGACUUUGGGGAGGACAAUCAGAAAUUUGGUUUUGAAGUGGGACCUGUCUGUUUCCUGGGAUAAGCACACACAUGCUGAGGGCAAGGGGAAUACAAUCACAGAUACAAACAAGAACACACACACACACACACACACUCAUUAAUCAUGCACUUAAAACCUAGACAUAAAUAUCACCACAUAGAGAUGUGCCAACACUAA